AUGAAUAAGAACGGUACAACUGGUCCUAUACCGAUAUACCAUCAAAAUGCUAAUCCAUUAUUAUACACCCUUGACCAGGAUCAUAUGAACAUUCAACCAUAUUGGAUAAUGGUUUUACAAAUAGUCGGACUACAGUUAUUUUCUCGAACGCGACAUCUUAUUAGAUACGGAGUCUUUUCGACAACGUUGGAAAUUGGUCUUCUGCGUUGGACAAUAUUACGUCAGCUUUAUACAAUAAAAGUAGUCUUUGAAAAAUUCGAUGAUCUUCUCGUAAACGUUGUACACCAUCGUGAAUUUGUUCGAGAAGAAUUUAAGCGAGAAAUAGAGCAUAUUAGGGGUCGUACACAUCAAGCCAACGAGAAGUUCUUUAAAAAAAUAGAUUUCAAUAUGUUUGAUUACAUUAUUCAUGGUCUCCCUACACUUGGUCAUGCUAUUUGGUAUUGUCACAUUCAAUCAUCAUGUAUGUCAGCGGAACGGGCAACUCCGUGGAAUUGUUACAAUGCAUUUGGAUAUAGAUUAUUCAACUAUGUAUUUGUAUCCUAUUGGAAUUUUUCCUUCGUUUUUGGCGUACAAUUGAUAGCAUUCAUAUGCAAAGACGUCCAUAAACUUAAUUUACGGAAAAAAAAACCAAAAUCAAUCAUAAAAUACGUCUCCUAUAUUAUUACUAUAGGACUGUAUCUCAUUACAUGGGCGUUUGUUGGUGCUUUAAUAUUACCAUAUAUGUUCACACAUAUUGUACCAAUGGCAUUUGCAUAUGGGUUUAUGGUUGUGAUCUACUUUUGUCUUUGGGGUGCUGUCUUAUUUUCCACACAGAUCUUAGCAGAACUACCUAAAUUUACUCAUAUCGUAUUCUAUUUUUUUCUUCCGAGUCCUCUUUUAGACACAUUUUAUGCAAUGUCAGCUGCUAUGUAUUCGACUGCACUCUUCAUCAAUACAUUUCCCAUCUUACUUACCGUGUUUUACAAUUAUUCACAAUAUUUAUAUUAUGGUGAAAAUUUCAUUUAUACAAUGUCAAAUGAGUUCAAUUCUCGAGAUACUGAAACAUAUUUUGCCAUAUUUAGAAAUUCAGUUAAUGAAAAGCUUCACAGUCUUUUGGAUUUUGUUUAG